GCUGUUUUGCUGUAAACAUCGUCGCUCGUUCAUCUACUUUCUCUUGUCCAAUACAACAACAUCAACUCGAAUCGAAAUCGAAAUUACAAUGCUGCUCGCCCUGUUAACCCUAGGCGCCUCAGUCCUAGCCCAAACAUCCACACCGCUCACUCUCCCCCUCACUCCUCCAUCAAACGCCUCUCUCCCUCUCUCUCCCUCCUUCGCCUCCUUUUCCCUCGAGUUCGCUUUCAUCCCUACAUUCCUAGGCAACCUCUCUUCUCCCAAUUCGCUCUCGCUCUCCCUUCUACAGGAGAUUACGAGGCGCGCUGGGGAGCCACCUAGUUUCAGGCCGGGGGGGAUAACAGUCGACAGCAGCGAGUAUGACGUGACAAUUCCAGAGAUAGAGCUAGAUGAGAGCUCAACCGGCGGCAUCUACCGCACCACCUACGGUCCCGGGUACUUCUCCACCCUCUCCCUGCUCGACAACCGCACGCAGUUCGUCUUUGGCCUCAACUUUGGUAACAACUCCCUCGACAUCGCCCUCACCGAAGCGCAGGCCGCGUAUGCUGCCAUCCCAGCCAGCCAGCUGUGGGCACUCGAAUUGGGGAACGAGCCGGAUCAGUAUAACGCCGAGCAACGGGAUCUCUCUACCUGGAAUGCACAGACUUACACGGAGGAAUGGGUUAACUGGACAUCAACCAUCCAGUCCACCCUGGGUCUCACCAGCCCGCGCUUUGUCGCUCUCGGCGCAGCGGAAGACCCGACUUCCUCAGCACUGAUCACAACUGUCGACGUCGUCUCUGACGGGAUAACGCAGGGGAACACCGUGCGGGCCUUCUCCCAGCACAUGUAUCAGUACUCCACCUGCGACCCGACGCGGAACGCACUCGCUAUCCUGCCGAACCUUAUUAAUCAUAGGAAUAUCACGGCUUAUGUGGACGAAUGGCGCCCGCAGGUCGCCGCUGCGCAGAGUGUAGGCGUGCCGUUCUUUGUCGGGGAGUUUAAUAGCGUAAGCUGCUCUGGGAAGCAGGGCGUGACGGACACUUUUGGGCAAGCCCUCUGGAUAGCAGACACAAUGCUCUACGGCGCAUCGAUCAACAUCACCAAGAUGUUCCUGCACCAAGGUGCCGUGCUCGUCUUCCAGUCCUCGAUCCAAACCAACACUCCCGGAUUCUCGCACUACGACACCUGGUUCCCCGUACCUUCGAACGGCACCGGCGCAGGGGCAUCGCCGUCUUUCGUCGCGUACCUCCUCCUGGCCGAGGCUAUUGGGCCUAGCAACCAAUCCCGUAUCGCACCCAUCCAAGCUCCGGGGAACCUUGCGGAUAAUCUGGGCACGUACGCUAUUUGGGACCCGACGGUGAACACUACUGCCCCGGCUAGGCUCGUACUGCUCAAUAUGGACAUAUACAACGUCUCCUCACCCAGUCCGCGCCCCUCUGUCUCGCUCGACCUCUCCAGUCUGGUAGGAAGCGGAAGCGUCCAGCUGAAGAGGAUGACAAGUCCCGGGCUGGACGAGACGGACGCUACGCUCGUCACUUGGGCCGGGCAGCAGUUCCAGACCGGCAGCGCGGCAGGUACGGAGAUUAUCGAGACUGCCAAUGGGGCGAACGUCACUGUCUACGCUAGUGAGGGAGUGCUUGUCUUCCUCAGCGGCGGCGCGACGGCGGGAGGGAACCGCACAGGCGGAGGCUCGACUGGUGGAAGCGGGGGGAGUACAGGGAGCGAAGGAUCACAGACCUCGGGCGCGAGGAGGACGGCGAGUAUCUUUGGUUGGUGGAGGCACUAAAUAUCUGUACUAAGCUGUUGCGAAUGGACUUGCGGACUAUGACUGCGCUUCAAACAACUGUCCUUUCUCCUGCGAAUCAGAAGGUAUCUACCGCAACGGGGGAUAAGAGGACAAGGUAUCAAGGUCCAUGGUCCAUAAAUUCUACUCCUGUGGCCAUCACAGCGUCGACUACUCAUACACUCUGCCUCACGCACUCAUUUCCCAACUGGACCCAUCCUCGUCUGCAGCUCUGGACGACACAAAUACCGUUGACGCACUCCACCAUCCCCGCCCUCCGUUGAGCCGCAGUCUAUCCCGCAAGCGCCGCAGUUCUCAAAGCUGCUGCUCAGGUUGAUGCAUUCAGAGUGCCCGUUCCGCCUGCAAAGAGACUCGCCCCGGCUGCGACAUGAGGUCGGCCCGACACGGAGCUGCUCGCGAGCACGUCGACGUGUAGCUGGUGAAGAGCCCGCAACGCACUGAUUCACGUUCAGGUUGCAGACGAAGGCUGUUUUCGGGCGCUGUUAGGAAAUCAUGCAACUUCAUUUCCCCUGCAAAAUACACACCUGGAGUGUCACAUCCUUCCUGAAUUUGAUUGUGGGAAAAAGCUGCGUCGGAGUUACACGGGGCACCUGAACCGCCGCAGAUGCCGUCAGAGCCGCAAAAAUCUUUCUCAAUGGUGAUGUUCAGCCCAAGGUAUGACCUGGUAUAUCGAGGAAAACAGACCGUAGCAGUUGUCGUGAGAUGUACAUUUUGCACCAUUAUCCCCGC